CGGAUCUUCCCUAUUUUCUUGCUAGACACGAAGGAAAAAGCUCAGUUGCAGAAAUAUAAAAGUGAAGUUCACUCCGAAUUUAUUGAAAAUAUCGCUUUCUUCUUUGGAACUUUUGAGGCUUUGUGUUUACGCAAUCGAAAAUGUUUCUGACGAGGACUGAGUAUGAUCGGGGAGUGAAUACUUUCUCUCCUGAAGGCCGGUUGUUUCAGGUUGAAUAUGCCAUUGAGGCGAUUAAGCUGGGUUCAACUGCAAUUGGUGUAAAGACUAAGGAGGGAGUUGUUCUUGCUGUUGAGAAGCGCAUUACGUCGCCGCUGUUGGAGCCGAGCAGUGUGGAGAAGAUAAUGGAAAUCGAUGAACAUAUAGGGUGUGCCAUGAGUGGUUUGAUUGCUGAUGCCCGCACACUCGUUGAGCACGCGCGAGUUGAAACUCAGAAUCACAGGUUCUCUUAUGGUGAGCCAAUGACUGUUGAAUCUACUACUCAAGCCCUCUGUGAUCUUGCACUGAGAUUUGGGGAAGGGGAUGAAGAAUCCAUGUCAAGACCUUUUGGUGUAUCUCUUCUCAUUGCUGGUCAUGAUGAGAAUGGCCCCUGCUUGUACUACACUGACCCAUCUGGCACUUUCUGGCAAUGCAAUGCAAAAGCCAUCGGGUCAGGUUCCGAAGGUGCUGACAGCUCUCUGCAGGAGCAGUAUAACAAGGAACUGACCCUCAAAGAAGCCGAAACCAUUGCACUCUCCAUUCUGAAGCAAGUUAUGGAGGAGAAGGUGACGGCCAACAAUGUCGAUAUUGCCAAGGUGUCACCGAAAUACCAUCUCUACUCCCCUUCGGAAGUUGAAGAAGUUAUAAGUCGCCUGUAAGAGAAAGAGGGAUUGGUCUAUUUUCUGUUGGCUUUUCUGUUGCUGCAAUGUUUGAACUCAUUUUGUAGUGCUACUCUAUAUGUUAGUAGUUUAAACCUUAAUUUUCCUCUUUUUUUCAUUACAGUAUUUUUCUGACUUAACGUUAUAACCUUACAUUUCUAAAUUUAAAACCUUUUUUUUCAUUUCAUUAUUUACUUA